CGGCUCUCGGCUGUCAGGGCAAGGCAAACUGACAGUAUGGCGGCAGAGUACAGCUGGAAGGAUGCUACUGUCUCCCAUGAUGUUUCUGUCGCCGGCAGCACGUAAAUGGACUCUUGACGGCCCAGAGACGAGAGGAUUCAGCGAGAACGGCCCGUCGCCCUGAGCUCCCAACAUGGCCCGGCUCGCGGACUACUUUGUUGUGGUCGGCUACGACCUCGACAACCGAGUGGAGGGUGAGGGUCAGGGUCGCAUUCUCCAGCGGUUUCCUGAGAAAGACUGGGAGGACAGCCCGUUCCCACAAGGCGUAGAACUGUUCUGUCAGCCCAGCGGUUGGCAGCUGGUUCCGGAGCGGCAGCCGGCCUCCUUCUUUGUCGCGGUGUUGACUGACAUCAACUCGGAGCGUCACUACUGUGCCUGCUUUACUUUCUGGGAGGGCUUGGACAAUCCACAGCUGAAGAAGACUGAGGCUGGGGAUGCCGAUGAGGCGGACGAGGAGCCAGCUGUAGUCCAACCCGCUAAAGUCUUUGCACCCAAGAGCCUGGUGGUGGUGUCUCGGCUUGAUUACACAGAGGCGUUCAGGAACUGUCUUGGUCUGAUCUACACCGUCCACGUGGACAGCCUGUCGACUCCCUUAGAAACUGUGAUUGGAAACCUUCUAACUUGUGUCAUCCCCAUCGCUGGAGGCUCCCAGAUAGAUGAGUCCCCAGUUUGUAGUUUAGACAAAGUUCCCCAGUCCCCGGCCUGUGAUUGGCUGCUGGCCUGUCUCCAGCCGGGUCCAGAGGAAAGAGAGGAGAGUUUGAGGACAAUAACAUUAGGUGCUGGAGACCGGCAAGUUAUCCAGACUCCCAUCAACGACUCGCUUCCCGUCAGCGGCAGCAGUGUGGCCCUGCUCUUUAGGCAGCUCGGUAUAGUCAACGUGUUGUAUCUGUUUUGCGCUGCUCUGACGGAGCACAAGAUCCUGUUCCUGUCCAGCAGCUACCAGAGACUCACAGACGCCUGCCGAGGGCUGCUAGCCAUCAUGUUCCCCCUCAAAUACAGUUUUACCUAUGUUCCCAUUUUACCUGGGAAACUCCUGGAGGUCCUGAGCACCCCCACCCCCUUCAUCAUUGGUGUCAAUUCCUUCUUCCGCUCUGAGACACAAGAGCUGUUGGACGUAAUCAUCGCUGACCUGGACGGAGGCACCGUCACCAUCCCAGAAUGUGUCCACAUCUCUCUGCUGCCUGAACCUCUGCUGCAGCAGACCCAGACCGCCCUCUCCAUGGUUUUGGACCCGGAGCUGGAAUUUGCAGACCAGGCGUUUCCCCCACAGUCCAUACAGUCUUCUGCACACAAGAUCCAGGAUAAGGAAAUCCGAGCGGUCUUCCUGUGGCUCUUUGCUCGGCUUUUCCAAGGCUAUCGCUGGUGUUUACAUAUUAUCCGAAUUCACCCAGAACCUGUAAUCCGCUUCCAUAAGGCGGCCUUCCUGGGUCAGAGAUCCCUGACGGAGGACGACUUCCUCAUGAAGGUGCUGGACGGCAUGGCGUUUGCAGGCUUUGUGUCAGAGAGGGGUCCUCCUUACAGAGCCACGGACCUCUUCGAUGACCUUGUUGCCAACCAGGUGGAGCGAAUACGACAAGAGGAGACCUGCCCGCACAAAGUCAUGAAUCACGUCAAAGAGCUGGCGGAGCAGCUUUUUAAAAAUGAGAAUCCUUACCCCGCGGUUGCCAUGCACAAAGUCCAGAGGCCAUCGGAAAACAGCCAGAACACAUGGCAGGGUCAGACUGCCUUUCCUGUUCUGGACGAUGUUGCAGUACAGCUCUUCAUCGAUCACGCCGUUGCCAAGCUCAAGAACGCGCCUCCUGUUGUCAAAGCGGAGCUCAAAAGCCUGGUGCCGUCUGGGCCUCCGCUGGGAGACAUUGUUGACAGGAACGGUAUUGUGAUGGCCAACAGCGCUCGCAGGCUGGAGGUGGUCAGGAACUGCAUCACGUACAUCUUUGACAAUAAGAUGCUGGAGGCCAAGAAGCUGAUGCCAGCUGUGCUGCGGGCGUUAAAGGGUCGCACGGCCCGGAUCUGUUUGACCCAGGAGCUGAAUCAACAUGUUCUCCAGAACCGGGCUGUGCUGGACGACCAGCAGUUUGACUACAUCGUUCGCAUGCUGAACUGCACGUUACAGGACUGUUCCCAUAUGGACGAACAUGGAAUUGCAGCCGCCCUGCUUCCUCUGGUCACUGCCUUCUGCAGAAAACUGGGCGCAGGCAUCACUCAGUUUGCGUACAGCUGUGUGCAGGAGCACAUGGUGUGGACUAACAUGCAGUUCUGGGAGGCCAUGUUCUACAGCGACGUUCAGAACCACAUCAAAGCCCUGUACAUGGAGACGGACGACGGAGCCCUGCAGAACAACGCGCUGCAGCAGGAGCAACAGGCCGAGAGCAACAGGGAAAUCAGCGCGUUGGAUCUGGCGGCAGAGCAGAACCGGCUGUGGCCCACCCUCAGCAAAGAAAUGCAGAUGGAGCGCGUGCAGAAGGAGGAGAGCACGGUGUUCAGCCAGGCCAUCCACUACGCCAACCGGAUGAGCUACCUGCUGCUGCCGUUAGACACCAGCAAGAACCGGCUGCUGAGAAGCACCGGCCUCGGAGACGUGGAGAGCGUCAGCAACAGCUACGUCACAAACAGCAUUGCAGGCAGCAUGGCAGAGAGCUACGACACAGAGAGUGGCUUUGAGGACGCAGAGAGCUCUGACGUGGCCAACUCAGUGGUGCGCUUCAUCAACCGCUUCGUAGACAAAGUGUGCAACGAGAGCGGCGUGACCAACGAGCACCUGAAGGCGCUCCACGCCAUGAUACCAGAUAUCGUUCAGAUGCACAUCGAGACGCUGGACGCAGUCCACAGGGAGAGUAAGCGACUGCCUCCGAUCCAAAAGCCCAAGCUGCUAAGGCCGACUCUGCUGCCCGGCGAGGAGCUGGUGAUGGAUGGCAUGCGGGUCCACCUCGUCCAUGACGGCCGUGAGGAGGCGACGGGGCUCAUGGGAGGCCCACCGCUCCUUCCUGCAGAGGGCGCCAUCUUUCUUACUACCUACCGGCUUAUCUUCAAGGGCACGCCGAGUGACGCUUUAGUGGGUGAACAGAUAGUGACUCGCUCCUUCCCCGUCGCCUCUCUGACCAAGGAGAAGAGGAUCUCUGUCACAUUAUCCAUGGACCAGUUUGUCCAGGAGGGCCUCCAGCUUCGAUCUUGCACCUUCCAGCUUAUGAAAAUUGCCUUUGAUGAAGAGGUGGCAUCAGACCUAGCUGAGAGUUUCAGGAAACACCUACAUAAGCUGCGCUUUCCUCAGCACGUUCAGGGUACCUUUGCCUUCACAGUCGGCCAGAGUGGCAAGCUGGUGUUGGAGCCCAAAACCAAGGACAAGAACCAGUCGUUAAAGACCCUUUCUAAAAACCUGGUGAAGAAUGCAAAGAGAACCAUUAGUCGGCAGUAUGUCAACAGGAAGAAGGAGUCUCUGACCACCUGGGAGAACAGGAGCAGCCUCCAGUCUGAGAUGGAUGAAGAUGAAAUCUCAGUUUCAGAGGAAGUGGAUCAGAGCACCCUGACCCUGUCCUCCACCAUCCGGUCUUCAGACAGACAGACCAUGAGCAACGUCGUGGAGCGCGCCUGCUGCCGUGACUACCAGCGCCUCGGUCUGGGCACGCUCAGCAGCAGCCUGACGCGCUCUAAGAAUGAGCCGUUCAGGAUUUCCACAGCUAACCGCAUGUACACGGUCUGCAGGAGCUACCCCGGCCUGCUGAUCAUCCCUCAGAACAUCCCGGACUCCACCAUCCAUAGAAUCUGCCGCUGCUACCGACAGAAUCGCUUCCCCGUAGUCUGCUGGAGACAUUCACGAACCAAGUCUGUCCUGCUUCGCUCAGCAGGCCUUCAUGCCAAGGGAGUAGUCAGCUUCUUCAAGUCUCCCAACACCCAAACUGCAGUGCCAUCUCAAGCGGACUCAACGAGCCUGGAGCAGGAGAAAUACCUGCAGGCCAUCAUCAGCUCCAUGCCCUCCUACAGCGAGACGACGGGCAGGAACACCCUGAGCGGCUUCACGUCCACACACAUGAACACCUCCGACUCGUCCGAUAAGCUCAGGCAGCCCAAGAUUGGAGAUCUGAUGAAGCAGGUUCUGGGCAACAAGGAAGAUGUCCCUGGAACCUUCAGCAGAGGAGCAUUUAGUCAAAAGGGGAAAGUCAUCUCCCUCUCUCAGCCCAAAGCCUCUGGCAAAGCUAGGAGCUCUUCUGGAGGUAAAUUUGGCAGCAUCCGGGGCAGCAGCCGUCUAAGUGCCUUCAACCCAGACGUGGGGACGCGAUUGGCUGGGAAAGAAUCUCCACAGCCCAAUGGGGGGCCAAACGAUCCGUUGUUCCUGCGCCAGCAGAAAGCCUACCUCUACAUCAUCGGAGACAAGGCCCAGCUCAAGGGAGGAAAGCAGGACUCGUUCCAGCAGUGGGAGGUGAUCCCCAUCGAGGUGUGCGACGUGCGGCAGGUCAAGAACAGCUUCAAGAAGCUGAUGAAGGCCUGCGUGCCGAGCUCCCCAACCUCGGAGCCUAAUAAGAGCUUCCUGCGCCUCCUGGAGGAGUCGGAGUGGAUGACUCUGCUGCACAGAGUGCUGCAGGUGUCCGUCUUGGUGGUGGAGCUACUGGACACCGGCUCCUCGGUCAUGGUCAGCCUAGAGGACGGCUGGGACGUCACAACACAGGUGGUGUCGCUGGUGCAGCUGCUCUCUGACCCAUACUACAGAACAUUCGAUGGUUUCCGGCUGCUGGUAGAGAAGGAGUGGCUGUCGUUUGGACACAGGUUCAGCCACCGUGGAGCGCAGACCCUGGCCAGCCAGAGCAGUGGCUUUACCCCCGUCUUUCUGCAAUUCCUCGACUGCGUACACCAGAUCCAUCUUCAGUUCCCCAUGGAGUUUGAGUUCAGCCAGUACUACCUGAAGUUCCUGGCCUACCACUACAUGUCCAACCGCUUCCGCACCUUCCUGCUGGACUCGGACUAUGACCGCAUCGAGCUAGGAGUGCUGUACGAGGAGAAGAGCGACAGGAAAAACCCUCAGGUGUGCAAGUCUGUGUGGGACUACAUCGACAGACUCUACAAGAAGGCGCCCGUCUUCUACAACUACAUGUUCUCCCCAGAAGACGACGAGGUCCUGCGGCCGUACACCUUCGUGUCCAACCUGAAGGUGUGGGACUUCUACUUGGAGGAGACCCUGUCUGAGGGGCCUCCCUACGACUGGGAGCUGAGGAGCAGGCAGGAGCGCCUGGCAGAGGAGACGGCGGAGAAAGCCGACGCCGGCGCGCCCAAGUCCCAGCGCCGCAUCGUGUGGCCGUGCUACGACGACCUGAGCAGGGCGAUGCCCGACGCCAUCACCAAGCUGCUGCAAGACCUGCAGAGCCUGGAGGCUGAGCUCGGCCAGACGUCGGAGAAGUGGAAGGACACGUGGGACAAAAUCAAGACCACACAGAGGACUGAGACCAAACUGGAAAGCAAGCCGUCAUUCUCCAGCUCUCUGUUGAUGUCCUCCAACCUGAGCCACCAGCGCCGUUCCCAGGGCGUCUGUCUGCAGGACAGCGGCGUCGGAUCCUCCAUCAAGCUGGGUCUGGACUGCGAGGCCAGCGCCACGUCCACGCCCGUCUCGGGUCGGCCCAGCACCAGCACGCUCUACAGCCAGUUCCAGAGCACGGAGAGCGAGAACAGGAGUUUUGAAGGCAUUCUCUACAAAAGAGGAGCGCUGCUGAAACCAUGGAGACCACGGUGGUUCGUCCUGGACAAGACGAAACACCAGCUGCGCUACUACGACAGCAGACAGGACAAGGAGUGCAAAGGUAUGAUUGACCUGGGAGGGGUGGAGUCAGUCACCGUGGGAACGCCAACCAUGGGAGCGCCCAAAAACGUUGAGGAGAAAGCCUUCUUUGAUGUGAAGACGGACAAACGGAUGUAUAACUUCUGUGCCCAGGACAGUUCAAACGCACAGCUGUGGAUGGACAGUAUUCAGAGCUGCCUGUCAGACGCGUAGAGGGGAGGCGGCGCUCCGAGGAGCCGACACGACCAGGAGCUCACGCCUGAUGGACGCGUCUGCUGGCCUAGCUCAGCAGAACCGCGCGGGAAAGGGGCCUUUCACCACUGUCCACUAGUGUUGAACUAAUAAUGCGAUGUCACAUGUUACAGUGUUUGUUGUAAAGAAGAAAAAAAGCAGUCGCAGAGAGUCCAGGGGGCUGAACGCCGCGUUUCUCAGAGGUGUCCCGCAGCUUGGACCGGCUUCAAGAUCCCUCCAGAACCUCCACCUGUAAACCACCCGCUCCUUACUAACCACUCUCUCUGAGGAGGAAUGACGGAGGAGCCAAGCUGCACACGCCGCCCGCUGGGUUGAUGGACCAAAACCCGAAGGAACGCCCACAGUCCUCGCACGGCUCCGCCCUCACUGCCUCACGCGGCACGUUCUCCGUGUCGCCGUGGAGUCAGGGACGCAGGAGAGCACUGUAGCGGUUCAUGAAGGAUUUCCUUUCUGCUUUUGUUACUUUUUUUAAUUGUGUUUUUUUUUUUUUUUUUAAACAAUCGGAAGUUUGUAUCAGGACUAGAAACCGUUGGUUAGCUGUUCUCCACAGGUGGCAACGUACUGUGAAGAUGCAACCAGGAGAGCCAGUGGGAGAAUCCAGAAGUGUUUACAAAGUAGACAGCUUCCCUCGCUCUGCUCACACCCCCCCCCCGUGCUUCUACCCAACCACUACUACCCGCGAGAUGCUUAAGGGAUGUUGAAGGAAAAAGGAGGGAUUUCUAUUAUGUCUUCAGAACAAUCUAUGGGUCGGGUGGACGUGAAGAGGGACACUGUGAUUAUUAUGGGACGUGUCGGAGAUAGACUUGGGGAUGGAAACAAACUGUAAAAGGAAAAUUGUGGUUUUAUCUUUUCUUUUUUUGACCAGAGUAGUGUUGUUUGAUUGCACUUCAGGCCCGGGCCGGAUCUGCACUUUCCCAUCGCUCUUUUUUUUUUUUUUAGCGCAUGGUUGGACAGGUGGGUCAGUCUCUGCGUUUCCCUCACCGCAGUGACUAAACCGUCCCAACUCGACUGGGGGAGUUGGAGCUGGGACCAAGAGAGAUGCCAUAAUUUUCCUUUAACAAAGCAAACCCAGUGUUGCUUUGCUCCCAUUUAGAAGCAGCCCUCCUCCACCCACAUUUGGUCAACACAGCCCCCCCCCACACACACACAUUGUAUCAUACACUUCUACUGCUGUCUGAACAUGAAAUUAAAAAUUGUAGUUUAUUUGUGUCUAACAACUCCUUUGUAUAUACUACUCCAGAUUUGUAUGUAACAUUUAUGGUAGUAAUUUAUUUAACUUGUUUCCUCAGUAAAGAAAAGCACCACUUUCUUUUCAGAUUAGGAAUUCAAUGUGCCAUUUAUUUCUGUAUUAAUGUGACUAAUACGUUUUUUUUUUUUUUAAAUGCGCAAGUAAACAUUUACUGCUCUUUUUUUUUUGUUGUUUACACGGUCGUUUAUUACGUUACGGGAGUGGAAGUUGUAAGUAGAAGUCUGUGGGCUCGGGUAGAUUUUCCAGUUUAUCUCAUCCUCCCCCCAACAGGGUCAUCAUGUAGAGGUUUUUUUUUUUUUUUUUGUUCUAAUAAAAAUGAGGACCAGACAU